AUGCCCAGUCGCUCAGAGGUCGCCUACUUUGGCGCUGGUCCUGCUCCUCUCCCAACCCCCGUCAUCGAGGCUGGAGCUAAAGCAUUCGUCAACUUUGACAACACCGGUUUGUCUUUAGCUGAGAUCUCCCAUCGCUCAACAACGGCGAACAAGGUCCUCGCGGAUGCCAAAGAAGCAUUGGCAACACUCUAUGACAUCCCGACAGACGAGUACGAGAUCAUCUUCAUGCAAGCGGGCGGAACAGGGGAAUUCAGUGCCGCCUUGCAGAACCUAGUGGGUACCUGGAUCGAGAAACGCCGGAGGAAAGCUGUUGCGGAACUAGGGGAGGAUAAGGACGCCGAGGUCCUCGAACGUGUAAAGCGAGAGAUCGAGGCAGAGUUGAAGGUCGACUAUCUCGUCACAGGGACUUGGUCGCUCAAAGCCAGCCAGGAAGCAACGCGGUUAAUUGGGGCGAAGUAUGUCAAUGUCGCUCUCGAUGCACGGAAGAGCAAUAACGGCAAGUUUGGGAAAAUCCCACCUGAGAGCGAGUGGAACCUGACUCCCAAGGGGAGUGCUUUCACAUACAUGUGCGAUAACGAGACGGUCGACGGUGUCGAGUACCCCGGCUUCCCCAAAUCUUUGGAGGACGACGAGAGGGUCGUGGUGGCCGACAUGUCGAGCAACUUCCUCAGUCGAAAAGUCCAUGUCAAGAAGUAUGGCGUCAUCUUUGGUGGCGCUCAAAAGAAUCUCGGCAUUACAGGUAUCACGGUGGUGAUCAUCCGCAAGUCCCUGCUCAGCCUCGUCCCACCUCCUACCUUCCUUCACGCCUUGUCUCCUGUUCUCCCGACCUCGGGUUGUCUGCCACCGAUCAUGUUCUCUUUCGCCGCCAUCGCCGCCAACAACAGCCUCUACAAUACCCUGCCAAUCUUCAAUCUCUACGUUGCCACGCUCGUCCUCCAGAGCCUCGUCUCCAUGCAUGGAUCCAGGAAAGUCUCAGGCCAGGAGGAAGUUGUGAACCAAAAGGCCAAAUUGCUGUAUGACACGCUCGACGCAUAUCCGGACACAUACCAUGUCGUCCCGGACAAGAGCAUCAGGAGCAGAAUGAAUGUUUGCUUCCGGAUUGUCUCGAAGGCAGGGGCCGAUCCUGAUGAAGCCAAAGAGAAAGCUUUCCUGGCUGGAGCUGAGAAGCGCGGAUUACUCGGUCUCAAGGGCCAUAGAUCAGUCGGUGGUAUUCGAGCGAGUAAUUACAACGCCGUGCCGUUGGAGAAUGUACAGAAAUUGGCAGAUUGGUUGGUUGAGUCUGCGAAGCGGUGA